CGCUCCGGGACUGUUAACUGGCGUUAAUAGCUCAUCGGUAGUAAAACCGGAAUUUGCGUCACGGUCGACCGGAAUAAUGUUAAAAUCCAGGGUCUUCUCCCAGCCCAGGCGCAAGUCAAGCCCUCCCCUCCUGCAUCCACCGCCACAACGUGUCUCUCCUGUGAUCUCUCCGACGAUGGUUGCCGCGCACACUUCUUCCCAUCCGUCUGCGUCCGCCGGGUGGAUCAUAUGUCUAGAUAAGAGGCCCACAGAGCGAUCCAGAGAAGAUGUGGACGUCAUCCUGGCUCGGCUGCAGAACCUCAAGGCCUUUGAGAGGUUCCACCCAAGUGUGCUGCAGCAGAUAUGUAUGCGGGGCUUCUACGAAUACCUGGAGAGAGGCAUCACGUUGUAUCGCCAGGGAGACAUCGGUACCAGUUGGUACGCUGUGUUGUCAGGCUCGCUGGAUGUUAAGGUGUCCGAAACAGCGAAUCACCAGGAUGCGGUCACCAUCUGUACGCUGGGGGCCGGGACGGCGUUCGGGGAGUCGGUCCUGGACGACCGGCCGCGCCCCGCCACCAUCGUCACCCGGGAGACCAGCGAGCUGCUGCGCCUCGGACAGACGGACUUCAGGUGUCUGUGGGGGAAUUAUCACCAGUACAUGGCCGGCCUGCUGCCCCCGCCUUACGGUGUCAUGGAAAACAGCCGCAGUAACGACCAAACGCCGGACAAAGAGAACAUCAGCAACAACACCGCAGGGCCACUGGCCAAACAUCUGAAUAAGAAGCCACUCAUUCAAAGUCCAGCCAAAGCCCAGUUUCCCAUAUCAGUUUCCCAGAAGGUUCCAUCGGAGAACGUCCUACGGGCUGGGAAGGUUCUCCAUAAGGCCAUCCUGGCCAGGGCACCGCACAUGAUCAGAGACCGCAAGUUCCACCUGAAGACCUACAGGCGGUGCUGUGUGGGGAUAGAGCUGGUCGACUGGCAGAUGCAGCAGAGCUGCGUCCACUCCCGGAGCCAGGCAGUGGGCAUGUGGCAGGCCCUGCUGGAGGAGGGGGUCCUCAACCUCAGUGAGGCUCACUGGGAAGUGGACCAGGAGCUCAGCUUCCAGGACAAGUACGUCUUCUACCGCUUCCUGGGCGACGAGCAGGAUGCCCCGGCCCCGCCCGGCGACGGGGACCCGAAGGAGGGCCCCGACGAGCUGCAGGAGGCCCUGGGGCUCCUGGCCCAGCUCGGCCCCGACGCACACCUCCGCAUGGUGCUCAGGAAACGGCCGUCAGAGAGGACGGCAGACGAUUUGGAGAUCAUCUAUGAAGAGCUGCUGCAUAUAAAAGCCUUAUCCCAUUUAUCCAUCACUGUGAAGAGAGAGCUGUCGGGGGUACUGAUCUUUGAGUCUCACGCCAACGCCGGCACAGUGUUGUUCAGUCAGGGGGAGGAGGGCACCUCGUGGUACAUCAUCCUGAAGGGCUCCGUCAACGUGGUCAUCUACGGAAAGGGGGUCGUCUGUACCCUGCACGAGGGCGAUGACUUCGGGAAGCUGGCGCUGGUCAACGACUCGCCGCGCGCCGCCUCCAUCGUGCUGCACGAGGACAACUGCCACUUCCUGCGCGUGGACAAGGAGGACUUCAACCGGAUCCUACGGGGGGUGGAGGCCAACACGGUGCGGCUGAAGGAGCACCACCAGGACGUCCUGGUCCUGGAGAAGAGCCUCAGCCGGACCCCGCCACACGGGACCCCCCCCGCCCACCACAAGUACGACCUCUGA